UUGCGUAGCCUAUAAAAUAAUUCCCCCGAUACUUUCUCCUGUGAUCAAAACCAUGGCAGCUUGCGAACACGUAUUAAAUACGAAACUGACACCUCCUGACCGUAAUACGCAAAUCCAUAAGGAAGAAUGUACACAAUGCUUUGAUUCUCAGGACUUGCCUCAGGGAAUAGAUGUAUGCCUUUCCUGCUUUAAUGCCGGAUGCCUGGAUAAUGAUCGGCAUCAUGCAAAGCUUCAUUACCAGAAAACGAACCAUCCUUUAACGUUGAACAUACGUCGCAUCAAAAAAGAGAAGCGCAAGAGAGUUAGUGAUGAGGAAGAACCACCGCUAAAAAUCAGCAAGCUGGUUAUUGUCCCCGAAGCUGAAGAAGAUAAAUAUGAAUACUUCACCAGAGUCAAGUGCUAUGCUUGUGGAGAAAGCGAGAUCGAUAAGACUAACGGUAUUUUACCGAUUAUCAUAGAUUCAGUCAUGACCUCCCUUUCAGCUUCCAAGAAAUCAGAAAUUCAAGCAUGGGAGCAAGAGAUUGUGGCUUGUGAUCAUACUCGUCAACUUGUGCAAGAUCCAAAGACUCUUUUGGAAUCACAAUCAUUGGCGCAUUGCAACGAUUGUGAUUUAAAGGAAAACUUGUGGCUAUGCUUGACAUGUGGCAACCUUGGAUGUGGCAGGCAACAGUUUGGUGGGAUUUCCGGGAAUGGUCAUGGUGUGGCACAUUACGAAAAGACAAAGCAUCCUGUUUCCUGUAAACUGGGCACCAUCACGCCAGAAGGCACUGCAGACAUUUACUGCUAUCAGUGUGAAGAAUCCAGACUUGAUCCUCUCUUGGGACAACAUUUAUCUAAUUUUGGGAUUAAUGUCGCGUCUCAGGAAUUAGAACAGAACCUAAAAUUUGACUUCAGCAUGGUCACAGAAGAUGGUAGACAACUCGAUCCUUUGUUUGGUCCUGGUCACACUGGUAUUAAAAAUCUCGGGAACAGAUAUUUUUCGACUGCAACGGAACAUUUUGUUACUUGUACGAAUAAUCCAGCCGAGUGUCUGCAAUGUCAGAUGGCAAAGAUGGCCGAUGGGUUGUUGAGUGGGAGGUAUUCGAAGCCUGUUAAGUGUGUCGAUGAUGAUGGGAAAGAGCAUACUAAGCAAGAAGGGAUUAAACCAGCAAUGUUCAAAAGUUUAGUUGGGAAGGGGCAUGAAGAGUUUUCUACUAUGAGGCAGCAAGAUGCUUUUGAAUUCUUUCAACAUCUGGUUACAAAAAUAGAACGAAAUGAACAUGCGACGGGAAACAGAGAUCCAACACGCAUCUUCAAAUUCAAGAGUCAACAGAGAUUACAGUGUACAGGCUGUAACCACGUUCGAUAUUCAGAGCAUACCGAUUCUACUAUCUCGAUCCCUGUCCCGGCAAGAAAGAUUGAGAAUGCAGAAAAAAAGGAAGGUGAAGAAGAUCAGUAUGAACCUAUAUCUCUCAUAGAGUGUUUGGAUGCGUUUUCUGCUGAUAAUAUGGUUGAGUAUAAUUGUCCUAUAUGUCAGAAGGAGACUGUAGCUCUAUCAAAUACACGAUUUUUAACUUUCCCAGAAGUACUUGCAAUACAGAUGCGACGAUUUGAAUAUGUUAACUAUGUUCCACGGAAAUUAGGUGUUCCUGUGAUUCCUCCAAGCGGUCCUGUUAACGUUGACAAAUACUUUGGGCGUGGUUUGCAGGAGGGGGAAAAGCUUCUACCGGAAGAACAGGCAUCCGAGCCACAAGUAAAUGAAAAUAUGUUGAAUGAAAUGUUAUUAAUGGGAUUCCCAGAAAUACGCUGCAAGAAGGCAUUGAUCGCUACUGGCAACAGAGAUGCCGAAACGGCUUUGAACUGGAUAUUUGGACACAUGGACGAUCCCGAUAUCGAUGCUCCUAUCCAGACAUCAAAAGCUGCUGGUCAAAGUGCAUCUGAACCACCAGAAGCAGUUGUUCUUAACAUGAUGGAUAUGGGCUUCUCGAGGCCUCGCGCGAUUAAGGCACUCAAAGAGACGAAUAAUAAUCCGGAGAGAGCAAUAGAGUGGCUGUUUAAUCACACGGAAGAAUCAAUGGAAACGGAAAAUACUGCUCAGCAAUUUGGAGACUCAACACUACCCGCCAACUAUGUUCUCCAAUGUGUUGUCUCCCAUAAAGGCACUUCUGUUCAUUGUGGUCAUUACGUUGCUCACGUACAAGAAGAUGGCCAAUGGGUGUUCUUCAAUGAUGAAAAAGUUGUCGCUACCUCUGGUCCAACUCACAACGAAGCAUACUUUUAUUUAUUGAGGAGGGUGAGAUAA